AUGUCGAAGAAAACCCACAGCCAUAACAGCAAUACUAUUAAAAACAAAAUUAAUACGAAUACUGAACCUCCUACUAAUGGUUCUGUCGGUACUGUUCCUAUUAUCAAUCCCGAAUUUCAAUAUUCCAUGACUUCAUCAAAUACUUAUAACGCUGUCCAGAAUACUGAUAAGAAACAUCAUUCUGCUACUUUAAAUGAAAUUAGUAAAUAUCCAAUAGUUAAAGACACUCUAAAUAGAUUGAAUAAUUUACCCUUAUUUAAAAAAUUGUAUAAUCAAACUUUAGUUAUUUCUGAAAAUAUUUGGAAAUCAAACAAUUUUUUACAAUCAAAUAAUUUUAUACAAAAUAUAUUCCAAAAAAUAUUGACUUUUUUAACUAAAUUAGAUAAUUUGUUAGCUAUUUUGAUCUUUAAUAAAGGUAUCGAUAAUUUUAUUGACACGUUAAAUAAUAAAAAGAAUGGAACUUUUGGUAUUUGGAUUUUAUGGUUUUUUAUUGAUUAUUUGGCUAAUUGUUCAAACCAUAUCCUUAAAGAAUUAGUUAUGAAGCCAUUGAACCUAUCUUAUAAUACUAAGCCACCAGCUACAUCCUUUUCAUCCGAUAAUACAAUUAAUAGUAACAACACUUUACCACACCUAACUGAAUUAACUUCUACUACCCUAAAUUUGUCUAAAGAUAUUCAAAACAAAGUGCACAACGAUAUAUUAGAACCAACGAAAGAUAAUAUUAAGAAACACUUUGAUUUAUACAUAAAACCGACUGUAGACCAAGCAAAGGAAACUUAUAAAACUGUAUCUGAUAAAUACGAGGCAAAACUGAAAGAAAAUGAUAAAUCUAUACCCAAGACUAUUUAUUCUACUGGUUUGGACAUCGGCAAUGAGACUAUUGAAAAAUUAAAUAAAUUUACCCAUAAAAACAAAGUCGAAAUCUCUACAACAAAAGAUUGA